UCCAGUUUCACGAAAUUCCCGAAAGCUGACAGACAAGUCUAUCUUAGAGACAACUACAACUUUGAUUGCAAGUGCGUCGCAUGUGACGGAGACUGGCCCGUGUUGGAGGAGACCGAGACAAGGGAAUUCGAUUGUGCUCGUUUAUGCCAAAAAUGCAACGCAACUUUGAGCAAUGAAGAGAUGGAAUCGAGCGUGAAUUGCAAAGAAUGCGGGGCCGAGUUGGACGAGACAGCUCGUGAGCUCGCAAUGCGAUGGCGAGACGUGAUGCAAAUCGUUAACGGCGCAAGUGAAACCACGGAGCCGGCAGCCGCGGCCUCUGUGCCUGUGGACGUCGUUUCGCAUGACCUUUGCUCGUACACCUUGGCCGCGGGGCACUGCAUGACUCGGCGCGGCCAAGAACCCUAUUUCGACUACUUCUUCUCUCUCGAGAUGCUGACGAAGAGCUUUCAAGUGGAAGCACGAUUA